AUGGAAGAAUUACUGGCUCCUUUAAGGCAGGCUGUGCGGGAACAGGGUGACUUGGUCCGUGAGUUAAGGGAGAAAGGUGCUCCGGAGCAGGAGGUGAGCAAAGCCGCUGCAGAGCUGAAAUCACGGAAAAAGACUCUUGAAGCAAAGGAACUGGCUCUGCAGCCCAAAGAGGACACAGUGGAUCGAGUGAAGAUGGAAGAUACAUUGAAGAGGAGGUUCUUCUAUGAUCAGGCAUUUGCCAUAUAUGGAGGUGUGAGUGGCCUGUACGACUUCGGGCCUGUGGGCUGUGCUCUGAAGAACAACAUCCUGCAGGUGUGGAGGCAGCACUUCAUCCAGGAGGAGCAGAUCCUGGAGAUCGACUGCACCAUGCUGACCCCCGAGCCCGUCCUCAACUCCCCAUUUAUGGAUAACUACACUCAGCAGGAGCUGGCCGAUCUGUUUGUGAAAUACAACGUCAAGUCUCCUGCCACAGGAAAUGACCUCACACCUCCUGUCUCCUUCAACCUCAUGUUUCAGACGUCCAUCGGGCCUGGAGGGAACAUGCCUGGCUACCUGCGACCUGAAACAGCUCAGGGAAUGUUCCUCAACUUCAAACGUCUGUUGGAGUUCAACCAGGGAAAGCUUCCCUUUGCUGCUGCUCAGAUCGGAAACUCCUUCAGGAAUGAAAUAUCUCCUCGCUCUGGACUCAUUCGUGUUAGGGAGUUCACCAUGGCUGAGAUCGAGCAUUUUGUGGACCCAAAUGAGAAGGUCCACCCUAAAUUCUCCAAUGUGGCCGACCUGGAAAUCAUGCUGUUCUCCUCCCAGGCUCAGACAAGCGGACAGUCAGCACAAAUGAUGAGGCUGGGAGAUGCUGUGGAGCAGGGAGUCAUCAACAACUCUGUGCUGGGCUACUUCAUUGGAAGAAUCUACCUGUAUCUGAUCAAAGUGGGACUAUCCAAAGACAAAGUGCGCUUCCGUCAGCACAUGGAAAACGAGAUGGCUCAUUACGCAUGUGACUGCUGGGAUGCUGAGUCCAAAACCUCCUAUGGUUGGAUUGAAAUUGUGGGCUGUGCGGAUCGCUCCUGUUACGACCUUUCGUGUCACUCCAGAGCUACCAAAGUCCCUCUGGUGGCAGAAAAGAUGCUAAAAGAGCCCAAAACAGUAAAUGUCAUCCAGUUUGAGCCCAACAAAAGUGCCAUCGGAAUGGCCUACAAAAAGGAUGCCAAGCUGGCUCUGGAGUACCUGGCAGUCUGUGAUGAUUGCUACAUCAGCGAUCAGGAAAAGCUUCUCAGUGAAACAGGGGAGUUCAGCUUUGAGACAGACGGCAAAACCUUCAAACUCACCAAAGACAUGGUCAGUGUGAAGAGGUUCCAGAAAACCCUGCAUGUGGAGGAGAUUAUUCCCAAUGUAAUUGAACCCUCUUUUGGAAUCGGCAGAAUCAUGUACUCGAUCUACGAGCACUCAUUCCACAUCCGGGAGGGGGAUGAACAGAGGACGUAUUUCAGCUUUCCUACCAUUGUGGCUCCAUACAAAUGCUCCAUCCUGCCAUUGAGCCAGAACCAGGACUUUGUGCCAUUCAUCCACCAGUUAGCUGAGGCUAUGACCAGAAACGGUGUGUCUUACAAAGUAGACGACGCUUCAGGGUCCAUCGGGAGGCGCUACGCGCGGUCAGAUGAGAUCGGAGUGGCUUUUGGAAUCACCAUCGACUUCGACACAGUGAACAAGACGCCUCACACGGCCACUCUGAGAGACCGUGACUCGAUGAGGCAAAUCAGGGCCGAGAUCACAGAGUUGCCAGACAUUGUACAACAUCUGGCUAGUGACACCUUGAAGUGGGCUGAUGUGGAGAGCAAGUACCCCAUCUUUGAAGGACAGGAGUCCAGCAAGAAGGAGUAACCAUCCAUCCACCCAUUCAUGUCACGAAGUGGGACACACUCUGUACAGGUCCCCAAAACCUUCUAUCUCCAAUUGGAGAUAACAUUUGGAGAACAGUGUUGCUCAAGCAAAUCACCAACUGACAUGUUGAACUGUUCCUAUGACGGAGGAGAACGGUUUAAUAAUCUAUAAUUUUCUACAUUGUCACGUUUGAUUGUCAAAUAAACAACAAAAUAUUUGUCCUACA